AUGUCCAUCCUUUUCACUAGCAUCCUCCUAAGUUGCUGGGACUUGUUCUUCACCAUCCUCGCUGCCCUCGUGGAUAACGUCCGGACCUGUUGCAAACACGGCCUCGCCGCUGCUGUUAUUGCUGCUGCUGCUGCUGCUGCUGCUCCUGCUCUCCAGAUCUUGCCACACAACCCUGUUUCUCUGUGCUCUCGGUUCCUGUUCAUAUCGCUUUUUGUGUUAGUAUAUUUUACUUACGUUGUCUGGUGUCUGCCGCAGAAAUUGUAUACCUGGUGGCUCGCGAAAUCGCCAGGUGAUCUUGCAAGAAAGCGCAUUGCGACAGCUGAAAGCUUUGAGGAGUGGGAGGCCGGGGCGAUUUCGUUGGAUGAAGUGCUGGGGAAUGAUGUUUGGCGUGAAAGUUACCCCAGCCUCCACUACGACCACCACGUUAUUAAACGACGGUUGCAAAGCCUCAUACGUGCGAAAAAUAACAACGAUAUCUGGGUAAUCGUCCACCUUAUUCGAUCUGGGUUGGUCAGAAAUUUAGUCAAUAUCACGUCCCCGCAGCUCUAUGAUUGUGCUUAUUCCGGCACCAAAGUCUUAAUCGAAGAGUAUAUCUCGGAAGUCGGACUCGCAAUUGAGUACAUCGCCGCUCUUGAGACCGUGCCGCGCGAUCCCAAGGCCUUUGAUUCACAGGACAAACUUCGAUUGCUCUACGACACCCGACAGGCAUUCGGCAGGUCGGCGUUGAUUCUGCAGGGAGGUGCCGUAUAUGGCACUUGUCAUCUAGGCGUCGUCAAAGCACUGUUUCUGAGGGGGCUGCUACCUCGAAUCAUCACCGGAACCGCGACCGGCGCCUUGGUUGCUGCGCUCGUGGCGGUGCACAAGGAUGAUGAUCUUAUACCAGUGCUGAAUGGGGAAGGCAUCGAUGAAGCUGUUUCAGAUCGGUUAUCCAAGCAGAAGCACUUCAAGGGUUGGAAUAUUCUUAGUCUUCUCGCGCGAGAUAACGGGUACGGGCGGUUACCUUCAUUGAUCCGGCGGACUGAGGAAUAUAUUCGAGAGAGCUAUUUUCCAGAUUUGAAACUCCUGGAGGAAUAUGUCAAAUCCACAGUUGGUGAAAUGACCUUCGAAGAGGCGUUUGCGAAGACAAAGCGUUGCCUGAACAUUACCAUCCCAACUGCUGGGAGAGCAGGGACUCCGAAUCUGCUGAACUACCUAACAGCGCCUAAUGUGUUGAUAUGGUCCGCUGCAGCCGCGUCGAACGUGUCCUCUGCAACCUCUUCACGGGUAACCUUGUAUUGCAAGGACGAAACAGGGGCAAUCGUCCCGUGGCCCGAUGCCAAAGGCCUCCUCUUCAGGUCAUGGCGCGAACUUGGUUAUAACGAGAGAGAAUGUCCUGUUUCCCGCCUGUCGGAACUAUUCAACGUGAACCAUUUCAUCAUUGCACAAGCCAGACCAUUCCGGGUGCCCAUAUACCUACCAGAAGUCGAGCGUCCAGGAAAGGUAGUUUCCCGCCGCGGAGUCCUCCUCGAACAGACAUGCCGUGUUAUAAAUUUGGAAAUACGACAUCGUCUACGCCAACUUGAUAGCUUGGGUCUCCUGCCAACGCCACUCCGGCGGCUGUUAAUCUAUGAGGAUAUAGAAGGUCCGCAUAUGACGAUUUUGCCGGAACUGGGGUGGAUGGAUUUGUCAAAAGUAUUCAAGCCGCCACCUAGGGCGGGGGAAGAGAUUAGGAGGUGGAUACUUAAGGGGGAGCGGGGGACGUGGCCAGCUAUUGCCGCUGUGCGUGUUCGUUGUACUGUGGAGUUUGCGCUUGAGAAGGGUUACCAGGUUGUGAAGCCGCAGUCGAAGCCUGGGUUUGGGGUAGGGGAUGAAUGA